GUGCACCUCACGAGACCGCCGGACUAACUAACAACACCGUGCACGCGCGAGCCAACAACACUUGCGUGACAAUUCCUCCUCUCGAGAGGAGAGGAUGACGGGAAGGGAUCCUGACACUUUGUGGAGUUUGUAGAAAACAGCAGCAACUGGCAGCCUCUCCAGCUCCUGUUUGACACCUCAGUCUGCGGCGCAGCUCACCAUGAGUUAGAGGGCACUGGAGACCAUCGCCACAGCCGCCGUCUUCCCCACCGUCUGGAGUACCGUGUCUGACCUGGACGGCAGCAUCACUCGCCCUGCUUCAUGAGCCAGCAGGAUGCGGCUGAGGUCCUCGCACUCUCCGAGCGCCUCCUCAUAGCUUCACACAAGGGGCAAGCCGACAAUGUGGUCCAGCUCAUCAACAAGGGCGCUAAAGUAGCUGUCACCAAGUAUGGCAGAAGCCCCCUGCACUUGGCUGCCUACAAAGGCCACAUUGAGGUUGUGCGUAUCCUGCUUAAAGCUGGCUGCGACCUGGACAUCCAAGACGACGGGGAGCAGACGGCGUUACAGCGGGCAGCUGUGGUGGGAAACAGCGACGUCAUUAACGCUCUCAUCCAGGAAGGGUGUGCACUGGACAGACAGGACAAGGAUGGCAACACAGCUCUUCAUGAAGUGUCCUGGCACGGCUUCAGCCAGUCUGUCAAACUGCUGGUGAAGGCUGGAGCCAACACUCACGCUAAAAACAAGGCGGGAAACACAGCGCUCCACCUCGCAUGUCAGAACGGUCACGCUCAGAGCUCCAAGGUUCUGCUCCUGGGAGGCUCCAGGCCCGACAGCAAGAACCAUGCGGGGGAUACGUGUCUGCAUGUGGCGGCCCGUUACAACCACGUGGCUGUGAUCCGCAUCCUGCUGGGAGCCUUUUGCUCCGUGUCAGAGAAGAACCUGGCCGGGGACACACCGCUCCACGUGGCUGCUGCUCUAAAUCAUAAGAAGACAGUACGUCUGCUGCUGGAGGCGGGGGCAGACAGCCACAUCUGCAACAAUGCAGGUCAGAAAGCUCUGGAUCAGGCUAGAGAGCACAACAACCCAGACGUGGCUCUUCUACUGACCAAAGCUCCCCAGGUGCAGAGUUUUGUGCGCGGCAGGAGUGUGAGGAAGAGGAGGGAUAAGCUGAAGGCGGAGGGCAGAGCUCAGUCUGUGCCAAGAGAUGAGAUGCUGCCCUGUAAGGACAGCGCCUCUGCUGCGGACGACACUCAGAGCAGUGACCGAGCUGUCUGCAGACACGCUGAGGUGACCGAGUCAAACACCAGGAGGGGAAAGACCAGGAAGCAGAAAGAGAAACCGUCCUUAUCCGACCCCCUCCGCCGCCGAGAGACCAGGCACAGCGAAGUCCUUCAUAAGAAGAAAUGCAAACUCCGAGGAGCCCCCCUUCAUUCAUCCAUCCCUCCACAUAACUAUAAAGCCUAUCAGCUUUACACGCUGUACCGCGGCAAGGACGGCAAGAUCAUGCAGGCUCCUCUGAACGGCUGCCGCUGUGAACCUCUCAUCAGUAAACUGGAGAACCAGCUGGAGGCCACCAAGGAGGAGAUGAAGACUGAAAUCCACACCGUCCAAGACCUGAUGAACAGCAAGAUGGGCCAACUGGACCGCAAAAACAAACACCAGAUCCGAGCUCUGGAUAAGAUGACGGUGGAAAGAGUGUCGGCAGAGAGGGCCGAGUGUCUGCAGAGAAUCGAGCAGCGGGCCCUGCAGGAGAGGCUGGAAGCAGAGAAGAGACAGCAGGCAUCCCUGGUCAGGGAGCUGAAGAGCUGGUGUUUGUCCAAGCUGCAGAAUAUCGAUCUUAACUUCACUGGAGACACGAGUAGCACCAAGCUGCAGCGCUCCUCCUCUGCCGCCGAGGGGCUGAAUGAAGGCGAUGGAGCCGGCCUCACUGUCCUGCCCACCGGCCAGGGAGGCAGCUCCCAGUGCUUGGAGCUCCAAGACAGCUCUGCCCUCUUGGACUCCAGUCGGAGGGAGCAAGGUGUGGCAGAGGGCAGCUCAGCAAACCACUACUUUGUGGUUCAUGUGGAGAGCUCUCCAGGUAAGGACUCAGCAAACAGCUCACCUGGUCAAAUGUGUUAA